UAAUUUUCACAUUUAUCCUUGUGUUCACAUAAGUUAGUAUUAUAAUUUACAAUUAAUAUAAUUAUUUAUAAGUAUUAAAAAAGUGGCAAUGUAUAAUUUCGAUCAAUAUAUUGAUAGUAAUUUUAUCGAUAAUAUAAAAAGAAUAAUGAAAGAAAAAUGGAAAUCGAUCGAAGAUAAAACAAAAUAUGGUUGGAUCACGGCUUAUUAUCAAUGUGAAAAUUUAAAAAUCGAUAACGAAGAAGUCUUGGAAAAUUUAGCAACUAAGAUUGGUGAUGAAAAUUGUGAACAAGCAAUAAGAGAAAUUAAAAAGCUAUCAAGAAAUUUACAUCCAAAAGAAAUACCCAUGAUUGCGGAAUCAAUAUUAAAUGAAAUUUAUACAAUAACUUUAUUGAGGAAAAAAAAUUCGAGAAAAGACACAUGGAAAGUAAUGAAACACAAACAAUGUCUAAAAAAAUCUCCUACAAUUUUUACAAUAUGUAAU